GCGGGAGCAGUACUUGGUCGCUUCUCAGAUCCAGAAGCACCAUCGCUCUUAUGCAGGUGGUGCAAUCUUUAUAUGGGCCUUAAAUAAGGGUGGUGUAGAUGUGCUUGUCCUACCAGUCUCUUGUGUUGAAAAUGGUGUGAGCACUACAAGGCUUCAAUUGAGAUACAUGAUGUUCAUUUCCAGAUUCUUGUCAAAAAUGGUGUUAUGCAAGAAAAAUGCUCCUGAAUAUAAUUUUUUUGAGGCCAUCGAUGGAUGAAGCAAACGUAACCAAAUAUUCAUUCUUAGUUCAGUCAAUCAACAUCCAACAAUAUAGACGUGGAAGAAGAAGCACUUUAGAAAUAUAAUAUAAGGUUGAUGCUUGAUAGAGGAGCAGAUUAAAUGUUCCAAAGAAAAUCAAUGCUCAUGGUGGAUCUCAUAUUGUGGAAGACGCCGGCAGAAAUGGGCUGGUAAAAAUGGAUAAAGAAGUAGACUACGGGAGAUGGAGACAUGGAGAAUACCAAUUGUCUCAGGGACUGCUCAAAAACUUUUGAGUCACAAGUGCUCCAUAGAAGUUAUCCAAUAGAGCCUAUUGGGCCAAUCUCUUGUACAAAGAAUGGAUUUUAUCUUAUUGGUGGAGCUCCUUCUGGUAAUAUUUAUCUUUGGGAGGUCUCUAGUGGAAGGUUGCUGAAAAUAUGGGCUGCCCAUCAUGCAUCAUUGAGUUGUCUCACCUUCUCAAGUGAUGAUUCACUACUUAUUUCUGGUUCUGAUGAUGGAGUGGUUUUUGUGUGGUCUAUGAUCUGUUUGCUAGAUAUGGCAGAUUCACAAUCAACUGGAAGUUCAACUUCUAUACAUUCAUGGUCGGAUCAUGACACUUCUAUAACAGAUCUGGUGUCAACCUCUGGUGGAUCGAGUCCGAUGCUAAUAUCGAGCUCCCGUGAUGGUACAUGCAAGGUUCGGAACCUUGUGUCUGGGAGUCUGCUGCUGAAUUUCACAUUUUCAUCCCCAAUAACUGCCAUCGCUCUUGAUCCUGGCGAGCAGAUGCUGUAUUCAGGAUGCAUGGAUGGAAGGAUAUGCAUCAGUGAACUUGAUAUUGGGUUGGAGGACAAUCCUACUGUUUUUUCAGAGGAUCAGAUGACAGUGCUAAGAGGACACAAAGGAUCAAUCGCUGCUUUGUCCAUCAGUAUGAGUGGAUUGUAUUUGGUCUCGGCAUCAAACGAUUGUACAGCAUGUGUUUGGGAUGUGGCUAGUUCUAAAGUCAUACGUAAUUUCAUUUAUAAGAAAGGGCCAAUAACAAAUAUCGUGGUGAUCCCGCUCUCCUUGCUCUCUUUGAAAGAGGGAUAUAGAAGUCUCUCCCGGCUUCGAGUUUCUUUGUUGGAUAAGGGGCCUCACCCCUCGAAUGCUUUUGAAGGAAGCAUCAGUCUCCUGCAGACAUACUGUACACUUGAAGACAAAGAAGUUUCGGUUGCUCGGUUUAGGAGCACAGAUUCACUUAAUGAACAGAUUCUUGAUUUAGAGGUUCUUUCUGGCUCUCUCUCACAUGCAAACUCAGACGUACAUCAAGAGCUUGGAACAUUUAUUAUGCAAAGGCGCACGCCAGAAGCAGUCCAGAUGAGAGUGGAAACAAUGGUGGAGCAGCGGUUGUGGGCAGCAGCCAUGACGAAGCAGUUGACGACCAUGAAUAAGCACCUGCAGUCUAGGUUACUGGAUCUUGCGCAAGGUCGCCUCUUGGACGAUUCGAAUUCCACUACUAGAAAGAGAAAGUUUACUGAUCCGACAGAGCACAUAAAAUAGUCUUAUCACCCAUGUUUGAUUCAGUGGCUUCUAUAAACAUGAAGAGCUCUGUAAGCUUGAUGAUGCGUAUCA